GCAGCCGUCUGGAAGGGGAGGGGAGCCGUCUGCCUUCCGCUUCUGGGCUGGAUUGACACACAAUGAGGAGCACAGGCUGGGGAGACGGUCCACAAACGCCGCUGUAAAUAAAUACUACAAUCAUUGAGGCCAGAGAAACAUGGAAAACCAGUGCACAGUGCAGGUGAAGCUGGAGUUGGGCCACAGAGCUCAGCUAAGGAAGAAAGUGACAUCAGAAGGCUUCACUCAUGACUGGAUGGUGUUUGUUCGAGGCCCAGAAACUGGCGACAUCCAGCACUUUGUUGAAAAGGUUGUCUUCCGCCUGCAUGAGAGCUUCCCCAAACCCAAGAGAGUAUGUAAGGAGCCUCCAUACAAAGUGGAGGAGUCUGGCUACGCAGGCUUCCUCAUGCCUAUUGAGGUGUACUUUAAGAACAAGGAGGAGCCAAAAAAAGUGUGUUUCAACUAUGACUUGUUUCUUAACCUGGAGGGCAACCCCCCAGUCAACCAUCUACGCUGUGAAAAGCUCACCUUCAACAACCCCACCAAAGAAUUCAGGAGAAAGCUGAUCAAAGCUGGAGGGGUAUUGGUGGUUCCAGAGGGGGCUGAAGUUGUGUCUAGGCCCAGUCCAGACUACCCGAUGCUCCCCACCAUCCCCCUCUCUGCCUUCUCAGACCCCAAGAAGACCAAGGCCUCCCAUGUAUCAAAGGAACCCAGUAAAGAAGGAAGUGGUGGCAGCAGCAAAGGACCCAAACCACACAAACUGACCAAGGAGCAUCGUGAGCGGCCCCGAAAGGACUCGGAGAGCAAAGCCACAUCGAAAGGAGACAAUGACAGAGACGGAAGCAGCAAGAGUGGCCGGGAUCCUUCCUCGUCCUCGUCAUCCUCAAAAAAGCCGUCAGAGAUCAAAGUGAAAGAUGAAGUAAAGGUCCUACCUAAGGCAGCCUUCAAGGAGCCUAAACUCACCCUGAAGGAGUCAAAGAUGGAGGGCAUGUCCCCCAAAGGAGGUGGACCUGGCAGUGGAGGGGGUGGCGGGGGAGGAGGUGGGGGAGGGCAGGGAGACUCCAAAGCCCCGGGGAAGCGACCCUCCACUGUAGACUCUCCAAAACCCAGUGCUAAAAAGCAGAAGAAGGGCAGCUCGGAGGGGCUGAAGGGGCCCGGCAGCGGGGCCUUCACGGGAGCCUCUCCUCGUGUCUCCUCCACGACCACAGCCAGCCAGCCGUACGCAGAGAAGAAACCUCCCAAGGAUAAGGGCCGCUGGGCCAAGGGCAAAAAUGACACACAGGAGGUUAAGGAACCCAAGAAGAUUCCAGAAUCAGAAGAGUCCAAUUCAGAGGAUGAAGCGUCUUCAAAGUCAGAGCAAUCGGCUCCUUCGAGUCCUUCGAACUCCAGUUCCAGUUCAGACUCCAGUUCAGACUCAGACUUUGAGCCAGGACAAAAACAAGGACAAGGCCCCUUAAGGUCUAUGGUGGAGGAGAUUCAGUCAGAAGAGUCAGACGAUGACGACAGCAGCUCAGAGGAGGAGACCCCCAUCAAGACAAACCCCCCCAACCGCGAUUCUCGUCUCAGCCUAGACAGCGAGAGUGACAGCAGUGAUGGCUCACAUCGCCCCAGUCGAGACCCUGCUCCUCCCCCCCAGAAACACAGCUCCUCCAAUAACAAAGUGCCAGUCCGAAAGAGUCCAGAUUCCUCAUUUCGCUCAGAGAAGGUGUUGAAGAAGGGAUACGACAAGGUAGGAAGGGCCUACACAGAAGAACUGGUGGACCUCCAUCGCAGACUGAUGGCUUUAAGAGAGCGGAACGUCCUGCAGCAGAUUGUCAACCUAAUUGAGGAGACAGGUCAUUUUAACGUGACCAAUACCACCUUUGACUUUGACCUAUUUUCACUGGACGAAUCCACUGUCCGUAAACUACAGAGCUACUUGGAGGCAACAGCCACGUGACAGGAAGUGGACAACUGUGUGUGGAUGGCAGCAAUGGAUGUAGACGCGCCACUAGGUCUCCGAUGUAAGGAGACGACGAGCAGCUACACCUGUCGCCUCUGCUUCACAGGCGUGACUGAAUCAUCGAACAACUACCGCGCAAACAGGAACACACGAGCAAACACGAGCACACAUGAAGAACGCAAGACCCCCGCAUGAUGCUGGGGAGCAACCUGGAGGAGGAGUGGGAGGGUUGGGAGGAUUGGGAGGAGGGAGGGGUGUGGAGAGAGUACCGGAGUAGCUGAGCGCUGUCCACAGUCAGGAUUUCCACUACACGUCUUUUUUUUUUUUUUUUUCUGAGUCUGUGCCGAGCUGUGGAAUGCACCCCCUCCUCACUCAUGCUGCUCCCGCCUUUGCAGAACCCAAUACUUCCCCUCCUCCUCUUCCUCCUCCUCUUCCUCCCUCUGAACACACACACUCCUUACUCGGCAGAACACUCUAGUUCCCUUCCCCCUACUGUCAGCUGGAGCUCAUUUCUCUCCCGACAUAGUCUUGUGUGUGUGUGCGUGCGUGCGUGCGUGUGUGCAUGUGCGUGUCUGUGUGUGCGCGUGUGCCUCUGUGUGUGCGCCUGUGUGUGAGCACUGCUAAGGUUCGAGAGGAGAUGUUGUCUUUCUGCUUACCAGCUUCUCUCUGUUGGUCAAGUUUGAGCAGCCAGUUUUCCCUCUCAUGCUGAACAAAUGAAGUUUUACUCUAACUUCCCCCCAGUAACACUUCCAAAUGAUAAACGCCGAUUACAAGUUAAUAUUAGAGCACGCUCUAAUGCAGUUGUAGGAUUUAGGUGUUUAUUCGUGCUCAAUAUUGGACUUACAGAUAAGGCCCAUCUUUGUAUGUUUUUUUUAAUUUCCAUACAAACAUAAUCAUCAAUGAAUUGUCUCCACUGAUGGUUAAAGGUCGACUUCACGGAUGUUCAUCCUGCUUCAUAUGGUUCUAGUUUGAGAAGUACAUGUAUACGAAUGGUAUUAAAUUUCUCUCUGUCCUCUCCAUAUUAAAAUAUUGUAUCUCUCUGGUUUAAGCUGAAAGAAAAACUCCCUGAGGACAUCAUAUGGAAAGGAUCAACCCAGAAUACCAUUUCCAUUCUAUAAGCAGCUAGAUGACUUUUUAUUUGAGCUUUUCUAUGUUUUUUUGUUUUUACAUAAAUCGAUCCAGGAUUAUGUUUUUGGGAGAAGUCACACUUUUACACUAGUCACGUCAGAAUUGGUUGUCUUAAGCCAUCGUGAAAGUCUGAAAGGUUUGCACCUGUUUGCAAAAUGAGUUUAUUUAUUGAGAUAUACAUACAUGUAUUUCUAAAAAGUUUUGAGACAUUUGAAAACCUUUAUCUCUGGAUACAGCUUCAUCAGCGUCUGCAUAUUUGAAUGUGUUGAAUGGGGGGGUGUUAAAGUAGAACAUUACCCAGACACACAUCUAACUUUAAAUAUCACUGAGGUGUUCGUGCCUGCGUGUGUGUGUGUGUCCGUUUGAGAUGAGGUUCCUCUGUUGUCCCAACAUCUGAAAACACAUGUUCUGUUGAGCGUCCCCCGUCUACUUCCUUGCACUGAAAGCUGAGCCUUGACCUCCUGCAGCAGAACCCCCCCAACCCGAUUGUCCCGCGUACUUCAUCCCCGCUCUCCUCCCUUUCCCCUCCUCGCUCUCGUCUCCUAUUCUCAUAUUGGCGUCUGCGAAAGGGCUCGACUGCUCACGGCCACCGCAGUGGAGGAUCACGUCUGCAUUGCCUUCUGCGUGGUGGGUAAAACGCCGUGAAAACGUAGCCAUACUCGUCUCCCAGAAUCCAAAAAUAAGAAAAAAAACAAGGGGCCACGCUUUUUUACAUUUUAUUUUUAUACAAGUGUGUGUUGUGUAUUUAUUCCCAGACUGGUUACGAUAACCUGUGAGCUAUGAAUGUAUAUUGCUUUUACUUUUCUAUGGCUAGCAACAGCCCCACUCUAGUGCCUUUUUCUGCGACUUGCAGUGUGUGUGUGGGGGGUGUGUGCUCAGUUAGCCAUGGUCACACGGAUACCCCCCCCCCCUCCCCCAUACGCCCUAUGGGGAAACAAGUGUUAAUUGGGAUGCCUGAAUAUCCAGUAUUGUCUUAAAGGCUUCCAUCCCUGCUUCUCCUUCUCCUGUGUCUUCGUAGGCUGUUGUCUUCUGUCAGUGAUAUUUUUGUUAAUCAAACCCUCGCUAGACGUUUCACAUCGACGGUGGUCAUGUUUCUGUUCUUGCUUCCUGAGAUUAGAUUCCGUGUUUUGAGGAGGAGGCGUCGGGUAACUGUGAUAGCUACUCGCAUUAAUUAGCUCUAGUAGCAGUUGCUUUCAGCCGUGUUGUGUGUUUUGUGGGACAGUUGCCGCUGAACAGGGCCCCGAGUUCCCUCUUCAAGCGCUUUUGAAGUAUUUGAACUAACAGUGGAGCAUUUGAUACCAAGUUACCAGGCACUUGAGCAGCGUCUACAAAGGACUUGUAGGCAGACAAAUAAGCUACAUAAAGUGGUCCUUGUGUUUUCUUUCUCCCCCAAACGUUUGAGAUGUGCUGCCCAGGGGCCUGCAUCAUUAGCAAGAUUAGCGAGUCGCGCCGAUCUCACAAAGCUGGCUCACUUGAUCACUAAUGUGUCACUAUACUGCGUUGCUGUAGAGGAACGUUUAGUGUCGGACACCAAACCAAACGUUCUGAACCAUUAGUAUUAAAAAGGCUGAAAAUGGAAGUAGUGAAACGACGUCUGUCAAAUGCAAAACCUACAGAUUUCGUGUUUUUACCCUCAUCUAACGAAGAUAAUGUCUCAACUUUGAGAAUGUUUUGUUUUCGAUCAUUAUUACUGUAUAAUAACUACUCCACUGAAGUCAUGUUAGAGUUUUAUAGCUUUUUUUAUUUGCCAUGCACGUCUCCCGCAUCUUAACGUUGGCCAUUAUGAUAUUUAUUCUGCUCCUGGACUGCUGACGGGACCUUGGCUUUCUGCUGUGGCCUAACAGAGCUAGGACCCAGCUUUGUGUGACCAGUUGGCAGCGUAGGUUUGAAGUAAAUGUCGUUUUUAUGGUUGUUGUGUGUGUGUUUUUUUUUUUUAAUAUAGAUUUGUGAAGCCAGAGUAAUCAAAGGCAGCCAGAGUGAGGUGAAUCUGCUUUGUGAUUCAGGCCCCUGGUGUGUUAGUUCCUGUGGCCCCUCUAGGCGCGCACACACACACACACACACACACACACACACACACACACACACACACACACACACACACACACCAGCCUGCUGUGGUACACACCUUCAAUGAACCAUUCUCCCAGCCCCCUCUCCUCCUCUUCCGUUUUCUCCCGUUUUCUUCCUGCCUACUGUGUGUUUUACUUUUGUUCAGAUGCUCUGAAAGCUUUAAUACUUCUUUCUUGUUGUGUUGCCUGCGCCGCUCAGCAGCCUACGCAGCCCCUCUGCCCUUACUGUAAGCGCGUACGAGCGCACAAAGUGUCUCGAACGCCACCGUUCAGCAAAGGAAGAUAGCGCUGUCCCAGCCGCCUUAUGUGCCCUGCAGUAAACCCCCCCCACCCCCCUCCUCCCGCCCGCUGCCCCGCCUUUCUCUUGGUGUGCCUCUGUCAACAGAACUUCAGGCCGUGAUUACUGAGAAUGAACUUUGAAACUGUGUGAGUGGCGUUUGUGCAUCUGCGCGUGUGAUUGUCAGCCAUAGGAGAGAAUAAGAAACCCUUUCCUCUCUGUGCAUCGAUGUGGGAACUUUUAAGUCCUAGUUCAUGAACUCUGGCCUUUGACCAGGCGCUCAUUAAGUCCCUUGUGGUGGUGGUGGUCGUGUGGGGACUGGAGAAGCCCCACUGUCUACCCACAGUCAACGUUUUAUUUAUGGACUUCUGCACUUUUGGCUGUGAUGACUUCAGUACUUAAGUAGUUACCUAAACUGUAUUUUUAAGGAUUUUAUACAAUAUUUACAUGCAAUACAAUAUGAAUUGAUUUUUCUUUGCCAAUUUCUUUGUUUCUUAUUUAAUUAUCUUGAUUUUGGCAUGUUUUGUCAUUAUUAUUCACAAACUUCUAGGCUAUUGGGAUGUUGCCUAUAUGUUUUUGUGCACCCUGAUCAUGAUGACGGAUAAACAGCACGAAGCAGGUGUUGCAAAAUGAGCUCAAUUCUUUCAUCACCCUCUGGUACCAGUAACCGAACCACGCUGAGGUCACGAGGAGUUUUCACUUGGGUUCAAGGACCCGUUGGGAGAAAACACUUCAUUUCCACUGUCCGUUUAGGUGUUUUCGUUUUUUUUCCUGCUCAUUCAUAGGAGUCUGUACUGAAACAACAACUGUCAUCUGUGCCUAGUUUUGUUGUGUUAUGAUAACUUGAGCCUGAAGAAACGCAUUAUAGAAACAAUAGAGUUGCAAAGUGGGAAGAGGAGUUUUGGUUCAUUCGUUUCUCCCACCGGCCACAUCAGACAUUACAUGGUUUGCAUUUCAAGUCCCGUUUGUGCCGCGGGAGGCUUUCUUUGUUGCAGUACUACAAUCGACACCAGAUCAAGUUAGAAGUGAGGCUUUGCAGCCACAUCCACCCCCUCAUGCACGACCAGCUCCCACAUGGAGGUGCACCAUGAAGCAAAGUGUCACUGUUCAUUCUGCUGAUUGAACGCGUCCCGCUGCUUUGGCCACGUUUUACCUGUGGCAUCAGCAGCUCAGGAUCAUGGGUAUUGUAGUAUUCGCAGCCAAGGCCAACGUUAACGCAGGCGUACGUGAUCUCAGCGAUAUCUGUCACAGUCCUGUGUCUUGGACGUGUUAAUGGAUGAAAAACUUGAACGUGGGGAAACUGAAUGGAGAAAAACACUGUUCCACUUCGCAACUCUGAACAGUUCUGUGGGAGUGGAGCAUUUCAGCUGAGACUAUUAUAUAUAUAAUAAGUGUAUAAUACAGCUAAGGUAGAAUAUCUACUGUGUGGAUCUUUAGAGGACGAGGAGAAGGCGAAAAUACGGAGUCAAUGGUUUGUUUCAAAUAUGUGGAGGGGGUGGGAGGGGGCAUGUGCAGAUGGGGUGUUUCCUGUGUCAGUGGUCGUCAUGUGUCUGUGACAAGGGGACAGGGUUGCCUGUAUUUAUAGAGGUUUGAUUUGUUUUUUACCGGGGUGGGGCGGGCGGGGGUUCUACAAAGUCAGAACAAAUGAACUGGAUAGCAGAAGAACAAUUUGGUAUUUUUAAAAAAAGAAAAAAGUCAAACUUGGCAUUACAAUGCCACCAUGUGGCCGUAUGAUGCAAGUUGACAAGGACAAAACAUGUUAUUUUAAUGUUAUUUUUUAUUUUGAAAUCAUAUUAUUAAUAAAGUCAUUAAGUACUAUUGUC